UGGGAUCCAAUGAUGUCCGUAAAUUCGACGGAAGUUAACCCUGUAAAUGAUAAGAAGUCGUCACAACUGCUGUUUUUUGACACUUUGACAGCGAAUAACCCCUCCAACAGUGACGAAUUACCUACAGAGUCAGUAGAGUGUAUAAGAUUUAGCCAGCGUGUCAUAUUAUCAGAAAUUAGGAUAGUGCCAAAAAACACAUGUCCCUUCAAGGGAAGCCGUAAAGGUGAUCAUAUCGGACAAACUUCUCCCAAUAAAUUCGAUCUCCACCUUCUUAUUCACAAGAUUCUUACUAUCGAUUCUGCAAAACCUGAAAAACGCACUCAAUUACCUCUGCAUCCGUUGACAAUUUCUUUUGAUGAAAGAAAAGGGUUCUUGAGCUAUGAUGUUACUUUAUUACCAGAGGCAAUUACUCGCUUUAUAAUUAUUCGGGGAAAUUACCACGCUGUAACGUUAUGCAUUUAUGGUAGGGUUGUUGAAAUGAAUAGACCUCAAAUCGUAAAAAGUAAAGAAUCGAUAGGGGCUUCAACAUUUAUCGAAACACAAAAUAAUAAAAAGGAUCAUGGAGAUAAUUUUAUCAACAAUGGAACGGACAUUUCUCUUGAAAAGCAGAAUAUGCAUGUUUCUGUACCUAGUUCAACGAUCGUAAAUAAUAACAAUGGAGAAAGGAUAGUUGAUAAAGCAUCUGAUAGUAAUAAGACGGUGAAUAAAGAGAACGAGGCUAUGAUAGAUGAUGCCAGUUUAAAUAAGACAUCUACAAGUCACAAUACCACAAUGGAUGGUGUUCAAAAGGAGCGGACUAUACCAUUCGUAGAACCAACUUUAUCGGUUAAUGAAAAAGCGUCUAUCGAGCAUCAAUUUAGCACACCAAUGGAUGUUGAUACCUUUUAUUUGGAUGAUGGGAUAAGAGACGUCUCCGAUGCUGAGCGAAUAGGAAUAUUAUUAAGAAAAGAUCGUUCAGAAUCUUUCAGAAUUUUAAAUCCUCAUACUUUGACAAAUUGUAUGGGACUCGAUUUAAAAGUUAAUGAGUCAAAAGAUUUACUUGUGUUUCAUUCAUCACCUGAUGAAACAAUUUUAUCAUCCACAUUACGUACAUUUUCUGAAAUCGAAUUUAAAAAGGCAUGGGAUGAUUUUGUUGACCGUGUUCAAAAUGUCGAUUCAUUGAUUUCUACUUUGUUAAACCCUAACGUAGAAGGAAUGGUUGUUACUAAUGCAUUUGAGCUAGAACGCAUUGUGAAUUUAUUGGUGGAAUUAUUUCAUCAAAUAUCUGAUGUAAUCAUAGAAGGUUGUCUCUGGGCAAGAUUUCAAAGUGUUCGAUAUGAUGAUAAAUUGGAUAUAUUAAAUAAAUCUAUUCUACUCGCUCUAGAUAUUUCAGCAGGAAAGUCUUCUGUAAAAUUAUUUGAAAGUGGCCUUACCUUAUUCUGCAAAUUAUGUAAAUGUGGUGAAGACUUCAUAAACCUAUCAUUGGUUCAGUCCAGCCUAAAGCUCAUGGUUCCACUUUUAAUUGAACCACACGUAUCUUCUAUUCUACAGACGCGAAUACUUCGAGGUUUAUUAGAAUGCAUGGAAGAAACAAGAGUUGUGGAAAGCCUCCUUGGAUGGUGUGAUAAGAAUUACGGUUAUGAUACAUUAUAUAAAACUUAUAUCUUACCGAUGCUUCAAGUCAAAAGGUUAUCAUCGCGGGCCUUACAUUUACUUCAAGCAAUUGUGAAGAAGGUAUCUGUGUACGAGGCCUGUACGUUAAUUCAACAAAUGGCGGACAAUGAAUUGCGACACGAAUCAAGCCGUAGGAAAAAUGAUAUGAAAAAUGAUGUAACAAGUGACGACAUUCAACAUGAUGCUAACUCUAUGCUAGUGGACGAAAAUCCACAAGAACAAGAUGAUGUUGAAUUAAUAAUCGAACAAGUUAUCGAUUGCCUACAAAUAAUAUCUAAAGCAGCUCUAUAUCAUUUGGCCUUAAAUUCGAGCGAUGAAUUAAAUCAGGAUUAUCCUACUACUUUUUCUUUUAGAUAUUUAACUUCAUGUCGUCUUUUUUCUGCAAUUACAAUUUUAUUAUCUUCUCAGCGUAUACGAACUUGCUCAAGAUUUCACGAGCUAGUAAAUUCUCUCGGAAAAUUAUGCAUUAUUCUGUUGGGCGCACCUGUCGGAAUGCUUUACUUAGCUCAACAAUUGCAGCAGUCCCGAGACCAGCUUGGCAACAGCUUAAUAACUAUUUGGUCCAAUCUUUUGUGCCAACAAAACCAAGAGCUAAAUUUACAAGACGAAAAUGAAGAGCCUUUUACAAACAUUCAUCCUAUAUCUAACGAAGGCUGGUCGGAUGUAGAUGAAAUAAGGCGAACUCCAGGUGUCGGUGAUAUUUGGUGUGGUCUUGGCCAAUCCACAUCUGGAGAUGAAUCGCCAAUCAAUGAUGAGGAAAAUUAUAUUGUAAGGAAAGCAAGACAAAUCUUAAAAAUGCAAAGUUACGGAGCCAUCGGUUCUGAAUCAGAUUGCCUGGACAAAUGCAUAAUUCCUCCCGAUCAAUUGGUCAUUCUAUUAAUUAACCAAAUACAUUCUGUUUCCGUUGUUGAGAGACUGUUGGAAAUUGGGCGAAGAGGAUUAGGCAAUAUCAUUAAUUAUCCAAUCAUAAUGGCAUUACUAUGCGAUUUAUUUGAAAUGACUACUUUUAACGUUGGAAAGCAGGCAGUGGCAUCGACGAUUAUAUAUCUUGAUGCUCUUCCGACCAUUUUGUCUCUCGUGAAUGUCGCUCCUGUUCAAGACACUACUUUGAUUUCCGCUGCAAGCGAUGCAUUAAAUGCAUUUGGCCGCAUACCUUUGGAGCUAUUAGAAUUGGCGAUUAAAUUCUCUCAGGCAUUUCCGUUCUUGCUAACUCACCAAAUGCAUGAAUUGCUAUUUUCGGUCGCGUCCUCAGAAAGCAACUUGCGUUCCUUGUGGGAACCAAUAGCUGUGUUUCACGAGACUGGAACAAUUCAAGGAGUCAUUGACAUCAUCAAGCAUCAGAAGUAUUAUCCUGAAUGUUUGAGAGAUCAUCAUGUUGUUAAUCAAAUCUUAGUUGCAUUAAAACUUCUUAUGUCUUACACAUACACUGAAGGUGGUAUAUUGCAAAUUUUGAAGGCCAGAAUGGAUGACUUUAGUGGAUUUGAUAAUGGUGAUACUUUCUUUGUAUUUUUGUUAAGACUCUUGAAUCAUUCUGCAGAGAUUCUCUCUGAUAUGAGUGACUUUGUUGUCUAUGCUGACCACCAAACUACUGCUGAACCAGCAUUUGCAAUGACUAAUGAUGAACAAACAUCAAACAAUCAAGAACACAUAAAAAGUCAAGAAAAUCUAAAAACUAAUGGAAACACGACUGAAAAUAAUAAGAAUGACUCCCAAAGCUCAAAUUUUGCAACUUCAAGCGUUGUUUUAUCAUCCGAAGUAUUUGAACAUCGGAGAGUAUUAUUAGAUUUAGUAUGGCAUAAUUUAAUAUUGAUACGUAGGCUUCUUCGAGUUGUUUACGGUAAUCCUAAAAAUAGUGCUGCCAAAAGGCAUUUCAAAAAUAUUUAUGGAAAAGACGAACUUCCUGAUGAUCCUUUGCCAUCUCAAAAAAAAUCUAUGAUUCAAAUAUGCAUAGAGCCCUUGUUAAUGCUUAUGUCUGCGUUAGAUCAUUUAGAUGGACGUUUAAACGAUCAGCUUGGUGCUGUUUCUUUGCUCGGAUGCGAUCAACCUUUCAGAAAUGGACAAUUGGUUCAAAUUGCUAGAGUUCGUGGGCUUCUUUUAGGCAUGUUUGGGUUAUUAUCGCAAGUAAUCAUUGAAGAAAAAGAUUCUACAUCGAUUGAUAUGAUUGGAGUGUUCAAAUGUCGUUCGCGAUUUUUCUCUGAUUUCGCAGGACGUCAUAUUGUGAAACAUUUGUUCAAUUUCAUUUUUGAAGGGCCUGAUAAUUUUUUAAGUGGAUUGCAUAUACUUAAUGAAAUUUUACCGGUUCCUUUACUGAAAAAUCAAAAAUAUCAGCAACAAAGUUCUCAAGAUUAUGCAGGAAUGAUGAUACCAGAUGAAAAUCUUAAUUUCAUAGACGGAUACAGCUUAUCUGCUAGUUUUAGCGAUGUCCAAAUGGAGGCUCAGAUUCUUAGAGAUUAUUGGGUCGAUCAAUUACUUCCAUUACGAGACGACAUCAUGCAGCUGAUUAAAAGUCUUGCUCCUGCUAGUUCAAAAAUUAUACAUAUUAUGCUGAGAGCGGUUAUUUGCCAACUUGUUGACUUAGACGUUCAUGAUAGAGGCAUAGGUAGAAGUGUUGUUUCCAUAAUUGUCAAUGAAGUUCGCAAAGUACUUAUACAAUGCCAAUCCACCCUUGAAAAAAUCGAAAAUCAAAAAGUCAAUCUAAAUGCUGACGAACUAAAAGAAGACACAGAACGAGCAGAUGAUACUAUUGAGUCAUCAUCUGAAUUAGAAACAAAAUUAGCAUUAUUUGGGCGAUGGAUGAGUCUUUUGACAUCAUUAGCAAGUAAUCCAUCAGGAAAAUCAAUAAUACUUGAUUUUGUUACUGAUACUGUUGAUGAUACGUUAAAUUGUAUUGAUAAACAAGGAUUACCUGAAGUUUUGCGUGGAUUAUUGUCCUUAUUUUUGGACUUUAUAAAUACCAAUAGCACCGCGAAUUUCGUAUAUGAUCUUAUUAUGGAAUUUUUAUUUUUAAUAUGUAAUCAUUCUAUAAUAAGUUCUGGGGCUGUUAUCCCUGCAAUUGAUGAUCUAUCACUUAUUAUUGACAAUUUAUUGGAUUAUGUGAAGAUAGGAAGGAAUGGCCGGCUUCAGAAUCAAUCAUUGAUCAUUUUGAAAAAAAUAGUAGAAACAGAAAUAGGUGUAUUAAUAGUCUUAACUAAACAAGAAUAUCGGCAAUUUAUUGGUAAUAUGAUUACCUGGGUUCCAAAUCUUUUAAGAUCACCAGAUCUCAGAAUGCAGGACUUGAAUAUUGCAUAUAACUUAGUGGUUUUUAUUCUAAAGGUCAUCUCGUAUAUUCCUCGCAUCGACGAUGAAUCCACUGACAUUGAAGAAACUAACUCGCUAUCAAUGUUAAUUGAAGCUCAUAAAGAUCUCGAAAUUCUUAAUGCAUUUGACAAUAUCGAACAACAUGUUCUCGAGCUUUCAUUCGAUUCAAAUCGUAUUGAUGAGGACAUUAUACUUGACAAUCAUUUAUGUCAAUCAAUUGUUAAUGUAAUCCGUACAUUAAAAGAGCAUUUGCAUGCCUAUGCUCGCAUAUUAAAACAAAACGACCAUUCAAUCAACCGAGAUGAUGUUAUAAAAAAAUAUGACCUGAGAAUGCUAGAAGUUGCUAAAACACUUCAUAAUGACAAUGUUUCAUCAAACAAUGGGAUUAAUAGAGCAAGUAAUUUGGGUGCAAUAAUUGAUGAUUAUCCAGAUAUUCCUUUUUACGAUGUUGUGGAGGAUCCUGAAGGAAAAGACAUUGUGGGUGGAUUAUUUAAUGAACCUGAUGUAGAUAUAGAUUUUGAUGCUUUUUCUAAAGAGAUGUUACCUAACUUCCAAUUUCAUAAAAAAAUGAAAAUGUCUGAGGAUAAUACGGCCACAGGCAGGAAACUUUUAAAAACACGCACAUUGAGCAAACUAGGUGGCAUCGCAUACGAGAGCAAUGCACGAAGAAAUCUUGGAGGAGGUAAAACGUAUCAAAAAAAUGAAUUUCGUAGCAUACAUAACAACCGAAAAGCGAAUACCAGUCGUCCACCUUCGGUGCAUGUAGAUGAUUUUAUGUCUGGAAAAAUCCCAGCAAACCAGCAACAUCCAGACAUGAUGACCCCAGCAUCCACAGCUACGACAUCUGCUGCUAAUGUAACAACUACAAAAAAAAUGAAUGUUUCCAAGCGCGGAGGAAUCACAACAGCAGUUCCUAGCGCUCAAGUAACUACAAGUAACCGUGGCGGACGCGGACGACGACCCAGUACGAGUUCAACAUCGACUUCACGCGGUGCUUCACGCGGUGCAAGUAGCAGCCCUCCAUCCCUCCCGAUGUUGAUGGGUCAGCCAAUAUCAAAAUAUAAUAUUGGACGGAUAGACGGCCAACGUGAUUAUACCCGUUAUGAUAACCAAACCAUGCGUACGGGUUAUUACGAUAAUCAAUAUUAUGGCAUUCCAUCGCCAAUGACACCUUAUGAUCGCCCACCUGUACCACAAUCUGCACCAGGAAUAGGUCCUAGAAUCAAAGGAGGAAGCGAAAACAGAGGACGAACGAUUGCACAAGAAUGGCCUCCACGUUCUGUUACCUCUCAACCAGCACGACGGCCUGAGCGUCCGUUUGGUAGAAGAUGA